UUCCGGCCGCCCAAGUUUAACAGUCGAGGCGGGAGCCGGAAGCGCAGCGAGGAGCGGCUGGAGCUGGGCCCCCUCCCUUGUGGCCCCGCGCCUGAGAGGUUCAGUCAUGCAGGAAAGCCUCAGAUUUGCUUCAUCAGGAGAUGAUAUUAAAAUAUGGGACGCUUCAUUUCUGACAUUGGUGGAUAAAUUCAACCCGCACACGUCACCACAUGGAAUCAGUUCAAUAUGUUGGAGCAACAAUAACAACUUUCUAGUGACAGCAUCUUCCAGUGGUGACAAAAUAGUGGUGUCAAGUUGCAAAUGUAAGCCUGUCCCACUUUUGGAGCUUGCUGAAGGGCAAAAGCAGACAUGUGUCGAUUUAAAUUCUACAUCGAUGUAUUUGGCGAGUGGAGGCCUAAAUAACACUGUUAAUAUUUGGGAUUUAAAGUCAAAACGAGUUCAUCGGACUCUUAAGGAUCAUCAAUGUGAGGUAACUUGUGUGGCGUACAAUUGGAACGAUUGCUACCUCGCGUCCGGCUCUCUCAGUGGUGAGAUUAUUUUACACAGCGUAACCACUAACACAUCCAGUACACCUUUUGGCCAUGGCAGUAAGCAGCCUGUCCGGCGCGUGAAGUACUCCUUGUUCAGGAAGUCUCUGCUGGGCAGCGUCUCGGAUAAUGGAGUGGUGACUCUGUGGGAUGUGAACAGUCAGAGUCCAUACCAUAGCUUUGACAGCACACACAAAGCCCCAGCUUCAGGCCUCUGCUUCUCGCCUAUCAAUGACCUGCUGUUUGUGACCAUCGGUCUGGACAAAAGAGUCAUCCUCUAUGACACUUCAAGUAAGAAGCUAGUGAAAACUUUAGUGGCUGACGCUCCUCUGACUGCAGUAGAUUUUAUGCCGGAUGGAGCCACUUUGGCAAUUGGAUCUUCCCGUGGGAAAAUAUAUCAAUAUGAUUUAAGGAUGCUGAAGUCACCCAUGAAAACCAUCAGUGCCCACAAGACAUCUGUGCAAUGUAUAGCAUUUCAGUACUCCACAUCUCUGACAAAGGCAAGUUUAAAUAAAGGCUGCUCAAAUAAGGCCGCAGCAGUGAACACACGGAGCAGCAGCACUAGGGCCACGCAGAACUCUGCAGCUGUCAGGGACGCGUCCGCCCCUUCCAUUGCCACAGUUCUCCCACAGCCCGUGACAGCGACAGCUGUGGGCAAAGGAGCAGUAGCUGCACAGGACGAAGCGGGCUUGCCUCGAAGCAAAAAUACAGAUAUCUUAUCUAAGGAAGCAGAUGGUGGAAAAAGCCAAGAUUUCUCCAGCUUUGAUGAUACUGGGAAGAGUAGUUUAGGUGACAUGUUCUCACCUAUUAGAGACGAUGCUGUAGUCAACAAAGGAGGUGAAGAAUCUGUAGGGAAAGGAGAUGGCCUUGACUUCCUACCUCAGCUGAACUCCAUUUUCCCCCUGAGAAAACCUCCAGUCACUUCCAGCACUCUGGUCCUGCACUCUAGCCCUCUUAAUGUCCUGAUGGGGUCUCCAGGGAAAGAAGAAGAUGAAAGUCACAGUCUGACAGCUGAGCCUAAGAAAACACACCUAGGGAAACAGGAACCUAAGGACCCCUUGAAGCAGUUUACAAAAUUGAUCUCCUCUGGUGCUGAACCUGGAAUUCUAAAUACCUGUCCAUCGUCUAACCAAACAAGAAAUCUUGAAAAACUUGAAAAGCCAGAGAAAGAAAUUGAAGCCCAGUUGAUACAGGAGCCCUCCAUCAAUGGACCCUCAACUCCAGUGCCAAAGGCAGCAUCCUCCGUCACUGCUGGAGUAGCCAGUUCCCUCUCAGAAAAAAUAGUGGAUACCCUGGGGAACAGUCGGCCGAGUGCACCGCUCAGCUCCGUUCAGAUCCGCUUCAUUCAGAACAUGAUACAGGAGACGCUGGAUGACUUCAGGGAAGCUUGCCAUAGGGACAUUGUGAAUUUGCAAGUGGAGAUGAUUAAACAGUUUCAUAUGCAACUGAAUGAAAUGCACUCUUUGCUGGAAAGAUACUCGGUGAAUGAAGGCUUAGUGGCUGAGAUCGAAAGGCUGCGAGAAGAGAACAAAAGGCUCCGGGCCCACUUCUAAAGACCCAGGGUGCCUUA